AUGGCGCCUAUACUAUAUAUGCCCCCUGAGAAUUCGACUUCAAAUAAAAUCAACAAAAAUUCAGCAAUUAAUAACGUAAAUUUCAACAGUAAUAAUAAAAGUAUAAAAUUUAGUCGUAGACAAGAAGCGGAAAAUAAUAAAAAUACGAAUAAAAAAACAUCGAGCAGUACUGCUACAAGGAUCACAAGUAUUGAAGAUAUCGAUUUUACGUUGGUAUCUUUUUUACCGAUACCUACCGGCUCAUUCAUACCUACCAUUACAGCGUUACUGCCUACCGACACAACUUUACUACCUACCAACACAGAACUAUCACCCACCAACACGGCAUCAUUACCUGACGUCUCCCCCACUGAUACAUCGAUUCCGAUAUUUAAUGAACCGCCUUAUGAACCAUUCUCUUCAGAUACUACAAUACAAACACAACCCACAUCAACGACAACUUCAGCGCCAGGGAUAAAUACAAAUACUAAACGUCCUUGGUUAAUUCCAAUAAUUACGAUAUCAUUGUUCAUUAUAUUAUUAAUCUUAAUAUUCUUGGGGUUCUUUAUAAGAAGAAAAAGAAAGAGAAAUGCCAAUAAUGCCAACAAUUAUAAUGAUUAUAAUUUAUCAAACGUCAAUACUAGUGUAAAUGAUGAUGAGAAAGUAACAGGAAAUAUGUUAUCAAUAGAUAAGGAAAAGGAAAAUAAUUCUAAAUCGAAUUCAUUAACUUCAAUAACUAGUAUUUCCUCUUCGUUCAGAAUGAAAAAAGGAAAAAUUGUGCCUGCUGAUCUUAAUAUUGCUAUUCCAACUGCGUUAAGUUCUCCCCCAAUCGUGGCUAAUAAUAAUAAUGAUGAAAAGGAUAGCCCUCCUCUUAGAUCGACGGUAAAACGUUCCGCAACAAUUAUUUCUGCAUUUACUGAAAUAGUUGAUUUAACUGAAGAAGAAAAUAAUAACCUAAGGAAAUCUGUUAGUUCUGGAAUAUACACAAUUACUUCCCGAAUUAGCAAUAUUAGCAAUAUUUCAAGUGGUAAUUUUGGUUCUGGAGAACGUUCUUCUGUGAAUACCGUAAUACCUUUACAACAAGAACGCAUUGAAUCAAUGAUCCUUUCACCCAAGGCUAAUAUAAGUGCAAGUGCAAUUGGUAAUGGUAGCGUGAAUAAUAAUAAUAAUUCAAGGAUUAUUACUUUUGCAAUACCACCAUCAGAUACAAGUAGCAGUGAUGAUAAUGAUACUAGACAUUCUAUUUAA